AUGAGGGCUAGGUUUUGUGGAAAUGGUAAUAGACCUCGGCCAAAUGAAAUUAUACAAGUGAUGCUUGGAGAUCACGACGUCAGAAUUUCUUAUUGGAAAGCGUGGAGGUCUAGAGAAAUUGGUAAAGAAUUUAGCAAAGGGUCUUCUGGUGCAUCGUACAAUCUUCUUUCUGAUUACCUUGAAAGACUUGUUCUUGCAAAUCCGGGAACCUUAGCUAAAAUUCAUACGGCUUACGAUAAGGCUAUUGGCCAUAGAUUCAAGUACUUGUUCCAUGCCCUUGGUGCACCAAUCACGGGGUUCAAGCAUCUGCGCACCGUUGUUAUCAUCGAUGGGGCACACUUAAGAGGUAAAUACGCUGGUUGCUUACUAUCAGCUUCAGCUCAAGAUGGUAACUAUCAAGUCUUUCCAAUCGCAAUCGGAAUAGUUGAUGGUGAAAAUGACAAGGCAUGGGAGUGGUUCUUCAACAUGCUUUUGAAGUUCAUACCCAACACAGAAAAUGUUGUUUUCAUACCUGACAGACACUCUUCAAUAUACCACGGCAUAUCAAAGGUUUUCCCGGCAGCUAGACAUUGUGCUUGCGUGUUGCAUCUCAAACGCAACAUAAGAACUUAUUUUAAGAACAAGCAUCUUUGCUAUUUGGUGGGAAAAGCAGCACGAGCAUAUCGUCUAUCCAAGUUCUAUACAUCAUUCAACGAAAUCAAGACCAUCAAUCCUUCUUGUGCUGACUACCUGAUUGGUAUUGGUUUUGAACGUUGGGCGAGAUCUCAUUUCCCAGGAAAUCGAUACAACAUUAUGACAAGCAAUGUUGCUGAGUCAUGGAACGCUGUUCUUCGUGAAGCUAGGGAGCUCCCAAUAAUGCCUUUGCUUGAGUAUAUAAGGUCAAAACUGAUGACCUGGUUUGCCGAACGUCGCAAUGUUUCCAAGCGGGAAAGAGGACAUAUAACCCCGAGAGUGAGUGAAAUUGUUCAAGCUAAUUUUGAAGAGAGUGGAGGCUUGCAUGUGAGCACGAUCAACAACAUGGAGUUCGACGUGAAGGAGAAGAAUGGAACAUCUUUCCACGUAAACCUCAACACAAAGACUUGUAGUUGUUUCUCCUUUCAGACAUUGAUGAUCCCUUGCGCACAUGCAAUCGCAGCAGCCAUAACUGAGAAAAUCAGCGUGGAGUCUCUUGUUUCUGACAUUUACAGUUUAGAUAAGCUAGCUUCUGCCUAUACGGAUGUUGUGUAUCCAAUAACUGAUGCGGUAUGUGGAACAGAGCAAAUUGUUGAAGGUGGUACUGGAAAUUUGAAAAUCUUACCUCCAGUAACUAAACGACCUCCUGGCCGACCACGUAAAAGUCGCAUUUUAUCCACCGGAGAAAUAAGGAUGAAAACACCAAGCAAGAGGCAUCUCUGUAGCCGCUGCAAGAAGACGGGCCACAAUCGAGCAACAUGCAAGGUUGCUAUAUAA